UCGUAGUAAACAAACUCGAUGUAAACAAACGUAAAAUCCCUUGAAUCUCACACAGUUACUGCUUUUGCCCCGUACAAAAUCCCUGGACUCCCCGGAAACAAGGGACACAAGCUAGAAAUAAGGGAAAACGAAGGAAAUAAGUCGUCCAUGAGCCGUGAAGCGUAACCGGGGGGUCAUAAUCAGGGCAGCAUGAAGAAGCGGCGGCGGCGAUCCUCGGGUGCACUGGAGCAGAACAGACUCACCAGACUCACUUACUCACUCGUCUUUUACACUCCUUCCUCCUCUUCCAAGACGUUUGCCGAGGAUUUACAAGCUCCAGAGGGAAGUUGCUUUGAAGGAAUUCCAAGAUGAGUGGACAGUCUCUCACACUCCCUACAGACGCUGAAAUUCACGACAGCAUCACCAACAUAGCAAUAUGGCUGGAGACGCACAGUCAUGCUGGGCCACAGCAGACACCUGAGGAGAUAACGGCCCUUGACCUGGCUGUAGCUGUGCCGGGAGAGUGCUUCUUCCCCGAGCUUUGUGCGGAAAAUGAAGAGGCCUCCCACGAAGAAGAGAAGGGAAUCCUCGUGUACACGGACAGUAGUGAAGAUAAGUACAUAUGGCUCAUGGGUGAUUGGCAUCCCCUGGAGAGAGUUCUGAACAUCACGUCCUCGAAGGCAGGAUGGGUACGGACAACAUGCUUAGGAGAGCGGUUGCUGGUGCUGGUGCUAACACAGCUUGACUACACAGCACGAGAAGCUGAAGCAGAAGUGCCUUAUGGGUGCUGCCCCUUGAAUGACCCUACAUACCUCCUGUGGCAUGAUCACAGGCCAUCUGGCAUGUGCUCUAUCAAAAGGAAAGGCACAAGCAUAUGGGGUGGAGAGGACGUGUAUGCAUGCGACACCCUGGACACCAUGUAUGUCCGCGAAUGUGCUCGGAGGCAGGGUCACUCGCUAGAACUUCUGCGCACCUUGACAUCUGAGAUCCCACCUGGCGAGCACCUAGGACUCUCUCAUCCAGUUUCCCUCAGCAUGUGCAAAGUACUGCUGAAGUUCAUUCAGGUGUACCCAGAGCUGCGAGACACACUAUGGACACUGGAUGAAGAUGGGGAAGUGUCUGGCACAGUGACCCUCAUGUUGGGUUCUCUGAUGAUGCGCGGGGCACUGCAUGGGGCUGGGGCUCUCUCACAGCCCCCUGUACCUAUGGAGGAGGCCCAGCAGCCAAUGGAGCAAGCAGACCAACCCAUGGAACAGUCCAACACACAGCAGGAGCAGCAGCAGGUCUCUCAGCAGAAAUCUGAGGCUGAUCAGCAGCAGGAGUCUGAACCAUGUGAUACAUCUUAGAAGACAGCUGAAUUCUGCUUAAAAUGUUGGUGGAAGGCUUUAUAAAAAAAAACAAAAAAACUUUGGACUAGCUAUUAUUUAUUCAAGUUUAAAAGUUUACAAGCAAUGAGUCAAAUGGUAUUUAUACAUGGUAGGAUUUAAAAGAUUUUGAAAAUUUUAUCAAAGAGUCUUUCAGAAUCAAUCUUAGGGAAAAAGUAUAUCAGACUUUUUAUAAUGCAUUUGAGUUCUUUAACACAAUAAGUCAUUUGAAUGAAAGAAAUGUAUGCAUUGGCAAUAGAGAGGAAGAGAAAGAAAUUUGUAUGUUAGUAUACACCUUCAUUUCUUGGUAUCAUUUGCAUGGUAAUAGAAUGUAAUAGUAUGCAUGCAUGAGUUUACACAGAUAAUGUGCUGUGGUGUAGAUGUAUACAUCAUGAGCUGGCCUAUGCAAAAGCUAAGGUAAUUAUUUCAUGGAUAUUCUCCUUUUAUAAAGUUUAGAAGUGAGAGCCAAAGAAAUUGCUAAUAGGAGUGUUGGUCUGGCAAUAGUGAGCGUAUACUUGGUUUGGCAUUGUUAUCUUAUUUCAGCUCCGGCUGUCACCUACACCAUUGCACCUCUUUUCUUUUGGGGUCUAAUUGUAUUUAUGUGACUUAUGGGUUUGGAUGGUUUAGGAAGGUUCAGCAGUAAUAUAUAUCAUCAUGAACUGUAUCGUUUAAUUUACAAAUAUUUUAUUUUUGAAAAGAAGGGUUGGAUUUUACAUCCUCCAAAUAGUGGGGUGAAAUGAAUACUUUGUAUGUGAGAACGAUGUUCCCAGAAGGCUGCUUAGAGUAACUCAGGGUAGAUAUGGCUGAUAUAGGUCAUGGUACAAAUUGCAAAUUGUCUUUUGUUAUCAUUUCUUUUCUUUUUUCUACUCUUUCUGUUUUCACCCUUUUUUUAUUGUGAACAGGGUGGUCAUUCUGACCAUGGUACAAAUUUGCAAUAAAUUGCUUAAUUAUGAACGUUAAUUGCUUUAUACAUUUGCUUUGUUCAUGUUAAUUGUCUUGCUGUUACUUUUUUAAAACAAAUAAUUCUAAAGUUAAUUGGAAUGACAUCAGCUGGUGAUAAAUGUGUGAUUUUAGGAAAGCUGGGAACAGCAUGGUUGUACUUGAGGAAUAGGGUGAUGGGCAUCUUCUUUAGGUAUUACAAGUCAUAUAUAUUUAUAGGAAGGAUUGCAUGAUUAUUUAUUAGAAUAGGCUGUACGGGAGUGUGGUGUCUCCUGAGGGGGCCAUCCUUGGUGUCUGACAAGGGAUUUAGAAAGGUAUUUCAAGGUGACUGUAUGAUAUUUAGGGAUGUUGUAACCAGUCUUAUAUCCAUACAUAGUGGAAAGUCUAAGGAGUAUGCAAAUAGUAGUCAUGUUAUUUCAUUGUCAGAGUGCUAAUGCACCAAAUAUUUUUUCUUCAUGGAAUUGCUGUUAGUGCCUGAUUUAUAAAACACUGAGAUCAUCAUAAUGCAAAAGAAUGAAUGAUGUAAGGACAUUAUGUAGUAGAUUUUUUUAUAUAGAUAUUUGGUGUCUGCUAUUUAUUUUUAUUUGUUUUUUUGGCAAGAAAAACAUAAGGACAAUAAAUAUCAAGGCCAUUAUAUAAUACAGCCAGGAUAAAAAGUUAGGAAUUUUUAAAGUGGGAAAUUUAAAUAUUUAAUAUAUAACAGAGGGUCAUACUACAUGUCCAUAUUCAAAACAGGUUGAAAAUUUCAAUGAAAUAUAGCUUACUGGUUGUGACUACUUUUAAGGAUCAUUAAAAAGGCAUAUAUUGAAAAACAGAAUAAUAACAAUUUAUGGGACAUGUAUAGGUGCUAAUUUCCUUUGAAAUGCGGCCUUUAAUCUAGGUGCUGAAAUCUUAAUGAAUAGAUCUAUUUCAAUGAGCUUGUGUCCUUCUGCCAUGCAUCACCAAUAAAUCUGCAUUUGUCUGCGUUCUUUUAUUCUGUUGGACUUAUUAGCUUGUUUUUAUUCCAUUAUUUUUUGUUGUCGUUGAGGAUAAUAUGUCUGAACCCAUGCUAAAAAUUUCCUUAACCUUUAGACAAAAUUUUUAUGUAAGUGAAUGUAUGAUCCAUUUUUCUUAAUAGAUAAAGAAAAAAAGGUAUUUGAAUAUAUACUUAUGCAGAUUUAUUGAGAUGUACAACACAGAAGACUAGUUAGCAUUUUUGUGAAGUGCUCCAACACUCGUGUUUCUGUAGGUGUGAACCGAGUUAGCAGCACAGUAGAUUGUUAAAGAAAAGCUCCUGUAGUUUGGGCAUGAUGUAGACUGGGUAGAUGCAGUUUAUAUAUUGGGUUUAUAUGUGUGAUUUAGAUUUGUAGUUAUUGUAGAACCAUUCACUUCAUUGUGAUAAUGGAAAAAAGAAAAAAAAAACAUUAAUUUAUUGAGAUGAAAGCAACAUACUAUAUACUUUUGUUUCAACUGGUCAAUAUAUUGUUUUAGAUAUGAAUAUUUCAUAAUGGUGUAAUGGUAGAAUUCAAACCAUAUUGUGAAAUGCUUGGGAGCUGUAUCAGUUCUUGGAUUAAGGAGUCAUGAAAUAUUUGGAAGGUUUGACUGUUAUAUGAUUAUUGUCUUCCAUAAUUGGCUUUUAUUUGGCUCUUGCAUGUUAGUAUGUAAUGGUGAAUUCUACUAUAUUAUCCCAUAUAGAGUAUAGAUUUUUAGAGGUAUAUAUUAUUUAUAGUAAUUAUGAAAGCAAAGCAUGUAUUGUUAUUGCAUGACUAAAAACAAGUUGUCUGAAGAGGAAAAAAUUUACUUAGUUUUUAGUAGUGUUGAAAAUCAUCAGGCCCAUUUGCUGUUACAUUUUAAAAUUCAUAGGAGCAUAUACGUGUAAAUUUGAUUUUGAGUAAAUCAUUGGAAGGACAAAGAAGCCUCACAGUGACAGGUCAAGCGUUAAAAAGAAAUCAGGAACUCAUAAUAUUAAGUUUGUAUACUGUAAAACAAAACAAAAGAAAGUUAAAUAUUAGAUAAUACUAACUGUCAUGGUUCCUAUAUUGUAUACUUCUAUAUCAGUAUUCAUAAAAAAAAGUCACUGGAAUCUGUUUAUAUGAGAAUAUAAGAAUAAUAACUAAAAGAAUAGAAAAAAUAAUUAUAUUUAUUUGGGACAGCUGAGGUGGUCUCGCUACCAUCCAGUUUGCCUGUAUUGUGAUACCAAAAUUUCAGGCAGAGUUUGGUUGAAUAAAAAGAAAAGAAAUAACAAAAAAAAAUUAAUAAUGUAAUAGUUGCACAAUUUUCAGUAAAAGCCAAUAUCACUGUUUUAACAAGAGCCACUAUUAAUGUUGUCACAAAAGUAUGAUUAAGACAUACCUAAGACAUUGUUGCUGUGUUCGACCACUUAUCAGGCCAAGGAUCAUAAGUGGUUAGAGUAUAUGCGUAAUUCAAGCACAUAUUGACAACCUUAUUUGAUGCAAGUUGUUUAUUCAAAUGGUUGUUAAAUAUCAAAACUGUGCCGAGGUGGUGACAAUCGUAAUGUAAAGGUUAUCAUGUGUUGUUAUGUACUGGUUUGUAGGGGUGUUUAUCUUGGGUUUGUAACCUAUAAAUUCUGAUUUCAGAAAUGAUUAACUUUAUUAAGUUAUCUUCAUUUGUGGCAACUGGCAAUAAUAACGAAAUGAAAAUUGAAAUGUAUUGUUAUAAAAGGUUUGUAGCUUGCCCAAUUUUGAUAUGUUAGAUUGGUGGAUUUACUAUUUUGCUGAAAAUAUGAAUUUAUUUAAUAUAUCUACAUAGAUAGAAACACAUAUCCUGAAAAAUAAUUUUGUUAAUGGAAAAAGGAAAGAAAAGUGCAGAAAAGAGUAAGUUUCAGCAUCUUAUUUGCAAGCCAUUUGUGAAUUUUCUUCCUCUUUCUUCUUUCUUUCUAUUAAUCUCCCUCCCUUCUUUCUUCUUACCACCCUCCUUCUUUCUCUACCCAUUCUCCCUUUUGAUUUCUUAAUAUGGCAAAAAUUGUCAGGACAUAAUUUCAAAGAAAAAAGAAAACUUAGACAGGUGAUCAAUUUCAUCCACAAAUGGAUAUCCCCUCCACGAGUUCCACAGGUUCUUUUGAUGAUGCAAUACAAUACAUUACCGUCAUUGAGACUCAUUUUCCCUCUUGGGUGCCAAUAUCAUUUACAGGUACGUUAUUUUAUUUAAAAGUCUGCCAUAUUUUAUUUUUAUCUGAUCUGUCUCUUUUUAUGUGACAAGUAGGAUAAAUUGCAAGUAGUUAUAAUUUUGCUUAUACAUUUAUUACUGCUUGAUCUUACUUGCGCUUCUCAAACGAAGUGAUUUUACCCGAUGCUGCUUAUACGUUUAUAUAUAUAUUGUUGAGGUUUUUAAUAGUGACUUGAAAAAUGGCUUCUUAAUUGUGUUGGUAAAUUUCAAUGCAGGCUUUUUUCUUUUCUUUUUUUUUUUCCUUUUUUUUUUCUUUUUUCUUUUUUGUAGUUAGAAAGUUGGGUUGACUUUUCCGUCUCGUUGGAAGUAGUUCCACAAGUGCGGUGACUUUGCUUUGCAAAUAUUUACUUUGUAAGCUGAAUUAUUGAGUUACCAAUACAUGAUAUGAAACUUUA